AUGCGAAUACACAUGUCUUUUGAACCACCAUUACCACCACCACCACCCAAUGAUGAUGAUGAUGACGACGAUUCAGACGACGACGAUAAUUACUUCUAUCUCGGCGACGCCGCUUUAUACAUGCAAACGACCACGUUCAAUACGACUGGACAGAAGAGAUGGGACGCCGCCGUCGCUCUGAAAGAUUUUCUCUGUUCAAAAUCAGAAGAGUUGUUUAGUAGCGGCACAAAAAAGAGAGUGAGAGUUUUAGAGCUCGGAAGUGGAAACGGGUGGCUGGCGAUGACGAUCGUGAGGAAAUUUUGCGACUCUAUCGAUGCUUUUCACGCGACAGAGAUGGAAGCGGGAGGUGCUCUGGAUUGGUUAAAUUUGAUACUCGAUUCGAACAGAGAGAAGAGAAAAUUAUCGUCGAAGGAACGAGAGAAGAUUUACGCGACGUCGUUGGAUUGGAACGAAGUUAUACUAUCAGAUAAAGAAGAAGAAGAAGUAAAAGACGAUUACGAUGCUCAAAUGAUUGACGUUGAUUUUCUCCUCGGCUCGGACCUCGUGUACGACGAAUCUGGAGUGAAAAUAUUACCGCGAGUCAUCGCAAAACUGUUGCGAAGCAGAUGCCGAAAGACAAAAAGCGGUUUCAUGCUCUACGCGCACACGAAACACAGAUACGAUGGGAUGGACGUGGAUUUCUUUGAGAAUUUAGAAAAAGAAGGGUUAGUUUGUGAAGAAGUUCGAAAAAGUGGCACGAAAACGCCGCCACCGAGUCCCCCGCCGUUUGAGAGUUUGUUUCCUGACCAGAGAAUCGCCGUGUUUCGAAUUUCUCCUUCAGAAGAGUAG